AUGGAGGCCACUGGGGAGAAGAGACGAGAAUGGAUUGACGUCUUUAAGCAUCAUCCACCUCAGGCAUCAUCCACCUCAGGCACCAUCCACCUCAGGCAUCAUCCACCUCAGGCAUCAUCCACCUCAGGCAUCAUCCACCUCAGGCAUCAUCCACCUCAGGCAUCAUCCACCUCAGGCAUCCAUCCACCUCAGGCAUCAUCCACCUCAGGCAUCAUCCACCUCAGGCAUCAUCCACCUCAGGCAUCAUCCCACCCAGGCAUCAUCCACCUCAGGCAUCAUCCACCUCAGGCAUCAUCCACCUCAGGCAUCAUCCACCUCAGGCACCAUCACCUCAGGCAUCAUCCACCUCAGGCAUCAUCACCUCCAGGCACCAUCCACCUCAGGCAUCAUCCACCUCAGGCAUCAUCCACCUCAGGCACUCAUCCACCUCAGGCAUCAUCCACCUCAGGCAUCAUCCACCUCAGGCAUCAUCCACCUCAGGCACAUCAUCCACCUCAGGCAUCAUCCACCUCAGGCAUCAUCCACCUCAGGCAUCAUCCACCUCAGGCAUCAUCCACCUCAGGCACCAUCCACCCGCACCUCAUCAGGAGUCUUUGA